UCAUCUUCUCUGCUAGCCGUCGACUCGGACACUUUGUUUUCAUCCACCACCUCUACGAAUGCCCUUUGGUAUCCGCUUAUAGCAGCCCGAUUUGGUCCACCCCUCUGUUUUCUUCCGAACCAGGCGCGUCUCUCAGGUACCAGUGGUGUUGGACAGACCCGCGAUCCCUACGGUAAACAAGUGAGAAUAGUGCAGAGCAAAUGCAAGGUUAACGACAUAGGAUGUGCUGUAAAUCACAAGCCUAAUGCUAGAACUCGCUGUCAUAUGCUUUUUGUUAUUCAUUGA